UCCGUCCUUCCCACCGACCACCACCCCUCCCUGCCCCCGACGACCACCACCCGCGCCGCCGAUGACGAAGCCACCGGAGCCUGCGCUGCCAUCGCCGGAGCGGCCACGCCACGCCGACGGGCCGCGCGGCCUCCGCGCCCUGCCCGACCUCUCGUACAACACCCACAGCGCCCUCGUCCUCGCGCUCACCUUCCUCGCCUACAUGCUCUACCACGCCUCCCGCAAGCCGCCCAGCAUCGUCAAGCGCGAGCUCGCCAGGUCGUGGCCACCCUUCUCCGACCCGGCCCUCCUCGGCGCCACCGACGUCGCCUUCCUCACCUCCUACUCCCUCGGCAUGUUCGUCGCGGGCCACCUCGGCGACCGCCUCGACCUCCGCCGCUUCCUCGCCUUCGGCAUGGUUGCCAGCGGUGCCUCCGUUGCGCUCUUCGGCCUCGGGUACUUCCUCGGUCUUCACUCGCUCGCGUUCUACGUCGUCGCCCAGGUGAUCACGGGCCUGCUCCAGACCACCGGCUGGCCCUCGGUCGUCGCCAUCGUCGGUAACUGGUUCAGCGGCCGGAGGCGCGGCCUCAUCAUGGGCAUAUGGAACGCGCACACCUCGGUUGGAAACAUCACCGGAUCGCUCGUCGCCGCCGCCAUGCUGGGGUACGGGUGGGGAUGGUCGUUCGCUGUCCCGGGCGGGCUCAUUGCGCUCGGUGGCGUUCUUGUACUUUUCUUCCUCGAGCCUUACCCCCAGUACGUUGGCUUUGGUCCGUCGCCGAUCGAGCCGGUCAAUGAGGAGAGCACCGACGAGGAGGACAGCAGCACCGCGGGUGGCGCUGGAAAGGACAGGCGGGAUGCUGUGGGGAUUUUGAAGGCGCUCUCCAUUCCUGGCGUGGUCAUCUUCGCGCUCUGCCUCUUCUUCGCUAAGCUGGUCGCCUACACUUUCCUGUACUGGCUCCCGUUCUACUUGGGCCAGACAGCUAUUGGAGGCGAGUACAUGUCAGCUGCAUCCGCUGGGUGUCUGUCAGUUUUGUUCGAUGUAGGUGGAAUUGUUGGUGGAAUUCUCGCUGGUUUCAUAUCUGACCAGCUCAAUGCUAGGGCUACCACUGUUGCAAUCUUCAUGUAUUUGGCGAUUCCAUCUCUUUUCCUCUUUCAUGCAUAUGGCAGUACUUCAAAAGUGACAAACAUUGGCUUGAUGAUGAUCUGUGGCCUGCUUGUUAAUGGACCCUAUGCUCUCAUAACAACUGCAGUUUCUGCUGAUCUGGGCACUCACAAGUCUCUUAAAGGAGAUUCUCGUGCAUUGGCCACUGUCACGGCUAUUAUAGACGGGGCAGGAUCUCUCGGUGCCGCAUUAGGACCAUUUAUUACGGGAUUCAUAUCAAAGAAAGGAUGGGAUACGGUGUUCGUAAUGCUUGCACUUUGUGCAUUUGUUGCUGCUGUGUUGUUGUCAAGUAAUGUGAAAAGGGAAAUUCCUCAAAUCAUUCAGAACUGGAGAAAUUGUUCAACUAACACGCUGAGUGGAAAUGCAGGUAUAAUGACUAAAGGCACUAAUUUUGGAGAUGCCAAAUACUUAGUGACUUGAUAUUUCUCCUUGCUCUUCGUCUCAUAGAUUCUGGAGUUCAGCCUCUUUUAGUGGAGGACAGUUGAUGGCGAGGCCGCUUCCAACUUUGGUGGAGAGGGAUCCAGUUUUGUAGUGUUGUUGUAACUUGUAACUGAGGUGAUGAGAUAGAAUUUCCUAUAAGAUGAUGCUCAUAGAGGAAGGCCAAACCAGACCAAGAUAAGGGAAGGGAACAGUUCUAUAAGUAGAUGCUUAAGACCUGUACAAGUAAACAUGAUCGGGAUAACAUCUGUUGUGUUUUUGUCGGAUGAUACUGUAGUCUGUCUGUAGUAGCAUUUUUUAAUAAGUCAAUCUGUCGUAAGAAUCCCUGUCUUUUCUCAUAUCAAAAUGCACUCCAGGGUUAGUUGAACAGAGCCAGAUAGAGCAAUGACUUGCGGUCUCAGAUACAGAUGAAGGCUGUGUGCACCAUGCUAAUGCUGUUUGUAUUUUUAAUGUCGAUGGGAACUGA